GGACAUACGCCAUUGCUAAGCACAUGUAUGUCUGUAGAAGAAAACUAAAAAAUACCAAAAAGACAAAAACACAAAUUAAGCAAAAAAUUGCUGGUCAACAGACUUAAUUUGUCUUUUUGGUAUUUUUUUUAGUUUUCUUCUACAGACAUAGGUACAUGUGCUUAGAAAUAGCGUAUGUCCUAAAGCUUACAUCAAGUCAUUUUUUUUGUGCCUCGAAUAAUUCGUAAACCGUUAUUUCGAAAAUGCUGUUACUGGUUACUAAAGUUUUGUGCGGUGUUGCGUUCCUCGCGUGCUUGUGACCCCGGUACCGGCGGGUCAGCGGGGUUGAGCGGGGAGGGCUAUAUCCGUGCGCCCCGUUACCGCGGGGGAGGUCAUAUAUACCGGCGCGCAGCCCGCGACCCUGCCUUGUCGCGCCAGACGCCACCCCUGCGGCCGCCUGGAAGCUCCGAGUGCUCGCAGCUACCCUCACAGGCGGCGGGAUGCUGAAGGUGGCGAGCGUGCUGCUGACGAUGGCGCAGCUGGUGGUGUCUGCGGUGAACACGCUGCUGGGGGGCUCGGACCUGCUGGAGCACGAGGACCACGGGCCACCCCACGAGGACCACGGGCAGUACCUGCUCCCGGUGCUGCUGGCCGGGACCGAGGGCCAGACGGGAGGGCUGGACCUCGUGCACCUCCUGCCAGAGCUGCUGCUCCAUAAGGUCGCCAAGGUGGGGGUGUGGGCCGUGGGCCUGGUGCUCGUGGCCCUGGUGGGCACCGCCUUCUCUGCCGCCCUCUGCAGCUUCACGUCGCUCUGCUCGCUCAAGUUCCCCGCGCUGGACCACUUGAAGCCCGAGGCGCGCGGCAUGCUGGCCGAGCUCGCCUCUCGCGUGGCCGGCGCCCUCGAAGAGUACGGCACGCGAGGGACCCGGCAAGAGCGGAGCGUUUCCAGCGACACAUCCUUCUAGGGCGGUGUCCUCACAUGAAAACUCAACUUGAAAAAUUUUUAUUUAUACUGUUGCCUAAACAAUGUACUUUUAAAGGCUAAAUUUAAUAAAGUUCUGUUAAUUUUUAGCAAACAAUUUAUCUUGGGCAUGGAGUGGAUAAAACGGACAUAGCUUUGCAGCUGGCCGAGAGCCUGGCUCAUGAGGCACCCUAGCGACACAACUACCGCGACUUCAAACUUCCAGGGCGGUGUCCUCAAAUGAAAACUCAAGUUGAAAAAUAUUUAUUUAUACCGUCGCCUAAACAAUGUACUUAAAGGGCUAGAUUUAAAGUUCUGUUAAUUUUUAGCAAACAAUUUAUCUUGGGCCUGGAGUGGAUUAAACCUUUGAAUAUAUAUAUAUAUAUACUGUAUAGAAGUCGCCAGCCCAGGUUAAAAUUUCUAAUACGGUUUUAAGGUAGUUGGUUGAUUCACCGCCGCAAUCUCGCCACCACCUCUAGGGCAUCAUCGACUUGUGGUGGUCCCUAGUGGGACAAGUGUCGAACUCUUCAAACACCCCUUCCCCCCUCCCUUUGAACGAACCUUGAGCUGCAGUGAAUGAUGGGUGGAGGGGUGCGGGGGGAAUGACAGCGGGCGACAGUGCUGCGCUCUU